UCUCUGCUGGAGGAUAGAGCGACAGAGCGGAGGGGCGCCGGUCGUCUUCCAAUGCUGGGGAGCCGGGAAACAGGAACCACUGGCUGCGGGGAGGCGGCUUCCGGGCCGCAGGGGCCGCAGGGGCCGCUGAGCCGGGCACACCGCGGGAAGGAGACGCCUCCCGGCCGUCAAGGGUGUCGUCUCACCGGCCUGGUCAACUGGAGGCAGAGACCGGGCAGGACUUCAGCCCUGUUUGCUGCAGCCAACACGGUGAUCUGGUUCGUGGCCUUCAGCUCUUUCCGAGCCUACAGCCUCCUGGCCGGCCUGUUGACUCUGCUGGUCCUCACGGUGACCGCCAGAGACAUCGCUCGAUCCAGAUCCACAGGAGCUCACUUAUGGCGCAGCAUGACUGCAAGCUGGGAGAUCAUUGACUCAGGCCAGGACAGCCCAUCUGGGACUGGACCUCAGCUCAGCGACUCCCUCAACCUCUUCAUCCAGGAGACAUCGGCUUUCAAACAGCAAAACCCUGGCAAGUUUUGCCUGCUGGUUUGCAGUUUCUGCACCUUUUUUGCUGUCUUAGGACGCUACAUUCCAGGGAUUGUUAUCUCAUAUAUUCUAGUGCUGGGCAUUUUCCUGUGGCCUCUGAUCUCAUUUCACGAGGUCGGUUUGUGGCUAAAGCCAGUUCUGCAGAAGCUGGACUUUGGCAUCGGGGAGUUCCUUCGGAAAAUCAAAGAGAAACAUGAGAAGAAAAUGAUGCAGGCUCAGACUGAGAAAGAAGGCAUCGAGUCGGACCUCUCUUCCAUGUUUCCCAAGCUUGACUCCACAGUGUGUAAGGAAAUGUCUGUAUCAGACACAGAGGUGUCUGACGUGACGUGGACGGACAACGGUACUUUCAACCUGUCAGAAGGACACACACCCCAGACUGAGAACUCAGAGGACUUUGACAGAGAAGAAGCGUUCAUUGGAGGCCUUCCAGAAUUCCCCUCAGUUGACAAUGGCACAACGACCAAUGGCGACGAUGACGAUGACUUCAGCCUCGGCCUUCCCUCGCCUUCACCUCAGCUGCCAAUCAAAUCCAAGCAUACACCCUCUGCUCACGAAGACCAAACCACCGACAAAGCCCUUGAAUUAGUCAACCAGAUGGCGGGCGACUUCAUUGCCGCCGCAGUCACAGCUGCCAUGCAGGAGAGAAUAGAAGCAGCGGUCGGCUUCACAGCGCUGAGCUCCAACACCACGCGGUCAAGACUCCCAGAUACCACCAGGCUGCUGGAGCUGGCCGAGGAGUCGGACAGCGAGGUGGAGGACUUUGAGCUGCUGGACCAGUCGGAGCUGGAGCAACUGGAGGGGGACCUGGGGCUGGGAGAGGAGAAGGCCCAGGCCAAAGAGGAGGAAGAGAGUGACCAGCCGGCCUCUUCUGGUUUCUUUGCCAAACUCCUGAGACGCCACUGAUUGAUGAAAGGUACGAUCCGCGGGGGAGGACGACUUACAGAGGACGUGUGGACGGGAGAUGGGAGUGUUCUGGUUACAAAGGACUGUUGGGGAUAGUGAGAAAGCAAUGUUUCCAUUUAUCUUUAUCCUGUAGAGCUAUCAUCAACAUUUUAAAACUGGUCAGUUUGUCAAAGGUGAAAGUCAUGUUACUUUAAUCAGAAUCAUCCUAGAUUAAUGCCGUGAUCAGACUACACGAUAUCGGCCCCAUAAUGGCCCUGGCCCAACAGACGUGGCUACGAAAUGGGGUGUUGGGUGUCUUGUUUUAUCCUGUGUAGUAUGUGAUAGUGAAAAAACUGAGACGCCUCACAACAUCCCGACCUAAAGAGGACUGUGUCAUUCCUUCUUUUACCGAGUUUGACAACACCUACAACAUGUGCCAUCAAGUUGAUGUGAGCAGAAUGAAACACUUGUGAACAGUUUUCACCAAAAAAACAUGUAGGGGGCUUGUGCAAUCUGCAUGUGUCUCUGCAUAUUUAUUUAUUUUUUAACAUUUAUUUGGUUACUUGUGCGCCCCUACAGUUUUUGCCCUUAUUGCCCAGAAGUCAGCUCAGAGCAAAUUUGAUUAACCUACUGGUCCAUAAUGGUCCAUGACCGUUAUGAAAUACAAACAUAUUGUAUAUUCUGAUCCCGGCAUAACAAUGUUGAUGGUUUAGGGCCUCUUUAGUUGUAAUUAAUUGCAGCAGUUUCAUAUGUCUUUUCAAAGCAUCUUGUAUCACUUCAUGACAUUUGAUUUGAUUUGCCAAAAUGUCAGCUCACAACACCCUUAACACUCACUUUGAUGCUGAAUUGAUUAAUCCAACUACAUUACCCAGAAUUCCACAGGCAUAAAAUCAAAUGACAAUCAAUAGGCAAUCAAAACACCUUUAAUACUCAAAAUACUACUACUGGUUGGAUAGUUGACUAUGAGGAUUCAAAAAUAGGAAACCUUUCUAUUUUUUUUUAUUUCCUUUUUUAAUUUUAUAUGUACUUUUUCAUAAAUCAUUUAUGUAGUCAAUGGGCUUUUAUUUUAUAACAACAUGCAGCAGGUCUCUCAAUACUAUGCAUGGAAAUGUCAAUUUGAGACAUAAAUAUAUUUAAACAUCUAAACAUUUUACUUUCAGUGCUUGGGCAAAAACCAAAUCCAAAACACUUACCAGACUCAUAUUUUGCUGACAGGUUCGUCUUCAGCUGAGAGGUUCAAUCAACAUUCAGUGGAUGUUAUUUUUUUUUUGGGGAGAAAUAUCUCCUAACAAAGUCAGAUGCUGGCCUUGGGAGUUACAUUCCUACAAAGCCACUGAACAAAACUCAUUGUGGAAAAUGGAGUUCCAGCCUUAGGACCAUCUCAUUUGUGUCUAUUUUUCUGGCUUCAUCACUUAGUCAGCUGAUAAAUUUCCCAUUUAAAGCUAUAUUAAGCAAAUGUUGACCGAUUUGGGGCAAAAAGUUUGAAGAAAAGUGCAUCGGAAAUAGACAAGACCUACAGCAACAGAAGGGACACUACCUGUAUUCGGUUAGACUAUAUAUAAUUGGGACUAGGCUCGACUUAAGUCCCUGGUCAAGUCUCGGCUAGUAGGAACUAAGUAAACCCAUGAAGACCUCUGCUCCUCAGCUGCAACACAUUCUCAUCCCAACACGUCACAUACUGACAUUUUGUCAUAUGUACGUUUAAGUGACGUGCAGGAAAAGAACGGGACACAAACCGCAGUCUUGUGGGUGAAAGUCCUGUGCUGAUUGGCACAACCACCACCCUGACCCCCUUCUUAAGCAGGCUUUGUCACUCUUACUUCUGUGCCACUUGCACUUAGCGUCUAAUACAGCCUCAUAUGGGUUUGCGGUUUAAAGCCUGUUUCAUGCAGGUGCUAAAGUAUCAAUCGUGAGGACCCAGACAAAGCGUCAGUAUUUGACUCCCUGGGAAUAAGAAUAUGCUGCAUUGUCAUUGGAUGAUCGGAAAUUUGACUCAAAAUGAUGUAAAAUUUAGUUUCAGUGCACUGAAAGUAAAAUGUUAUGAUGUGGCAUAUUUCCAUUUGCACCUUAAUUAUUAUUUCACAAUGCACCUUCGGAGGGCAGUCUGCUGUGUCAAGUAUCAGUCGUGGAUUCACAGAAUGAUUGAACAUUUACAUGCCUUGUACAUUAAAAUACAUGUUUUUUUAUAAUAAAGACACACAGUAAUGUAUAAUGUAUUAUCUUGAAUUAAUCAUUUAAUGCCUUGUAUUAGCAUAACUAAAGAUGACAAUAGAAAUAUUUGUUUAUCAGUGCCUAAGAGGACUUUAUAGUAGAUGCAGUUAAUUUCAAGCUCAGAUGUGAUAACUGUUUAAAACAAGUGUUUAGGAAGGUUCAUGCUUCACUAAAUAAAUUGAUAAUCCUUUCAAUUUAGUUCAAAAACAUGUUGGUUGGUCAGAACCAAAAUGCAUUUACAAAUGUACUUUUAUGUAAUUAAACUCAAGAAUGUCAAUAAAAUAUUGCGAGGCAA